ACGGGAAGUUCACGGUGCGGUUUGUUCGGGAAGAGCUCAGCUUUGAUUGUGGCUCGUAGGCCUGGUUACCAUCAAGAAAAGAAACUAAGUAAUCCGAUGUCAUUGCGAAGAGAUGGCUCACAUAUUUACGUAACAAUAACCUAGUUCCGGGUGGAGAGAUUGAAAGUGCCAAAAACUAUUGGAAUAAAACCCAGGUAUUCACCCCCUGAAGAUCUGUGAGCACAAAGGAUAUGCUCAUUCACUGUGGUAAACUAUAAACAAAGACCAUAAAGAGAUGCAGAGCAGCGGAGUACUUCUAGGCGCUGAAGAUUCUGCAGAGAGGAAUGAUCUUCUCAGGAGAGGAUUCGAGGUUUCUGUGGGAUCCGCUCAAAUGCUUCGAUCGGAAAUGGGACAACUUAUUGAGUCUUUUGGCAAAGAGCUAGAAACUUUCAAACAACGCAAAAAGAAGCUCUCAGAGGAGAUGGUUGAGCUGACAGCAUCGACGGCGAGGGAAAACGAGUUAAUGACGAACGAGCUGCGCACCUCCAUGGAAGCCCGUAAACAGCUGAUAACGAAUAGAAUUAGAGCAUCGACAAAGAGCGAAAAAGAGUCACUGAACACCUCCAUAGAAGCCUUAAAACAGCUCACAGAGAUGAUAAAUGAACUUAGAGUGUCCACAGAGACGGAGAAAGAGUUGCUGACGAAAGAGCUGAAAUCAUCCAGAGAAGCCGUAAAACAGCUUUCACAAGAAUUAAAUGAAGUGAGAGCAUCAACGGAUAGGGAAAAAGAGUCACUGAACACCUUUAAAGAAGCCUUAAAACAGCUUUCACAGAUGAUGAAUGAACUUAGAGUGUCCGCAGGGACGGAGAAAGAGUUACUGAUGAAAGAGCUGAAAGCAUCGAGAGAUAGGGAAAAAGAGUUAUUGAACUCCAAAGAAGCCUUUAAACAGCUGUCAGAGAUGAUGAACGAUCUUAAAGUUUCCACAAAGGCAGAAAAAGAGUUUCUGACGAAAGAGCUGAAAUCAUCCAGAGAAGAAGUAAAACAGCUUUCACAGGAAAUGAAUGAAGUGAGAGCAUCAACGGAUAGGGAAAAAGAGUCACUGAACACCUCUAAAGAAGCCCUAAAACAGCUUUCAGAGAUGAUGGAUGAACUCAGAGUGUCCGCGGAGAAGGAAAAAGAGUUACUGACGAAAAAGCUGAAAUCAUCUAGAGAAGCCGUGAAACAGCUUUCACAGGAGAAUAAUGAACUGAGAGCGGCAGCGCCAUCAGAUGAAUAUGAUGAAACAGAUUCUUCAAGCCCGACGCUUUUUAAAAAAUUUAAAGGCUUCUUUGUCUCAUCAAAGUCAACCACACCGGGAAGGCGUUCACAUCAGAAAACUCAAUUGAAAGAGCUUGAAGUAACUUCAGAAGCUUCAGGCAAGAGACUAAAAGAGGAACAAGGGAGUGUCAAAGAAAUGGAAAAACUUAGGGCUGUGUCGCCAUCAAAUGAAUGUGAUCAGCCAGGUGCAUCAAGGCCAACGCUUUUCAGGAAGUUUAAAGGCUUUUUCGUCUCAUCAAAGUCAACACGACAGGGAAGGCGUUCACAUAAAAAAACAACGAAAGAGCUUAAAAUUAACACCGAAGCUUCUUCAGGAAUGCAGCUGUUAGCCGUGAAUGAAGACCAUCUUGAAGAUGUUCAAGAGCACGAAGAGAGGACAGACAGACUGGAAAUUUUAGGAAGUAAAGAAGUGGAAAUGGACAGUACUGGAAUGGUUCCAACUAACAGUUCCGUGGAUAACCAUGUCAGCCAAAACCAUUUUGACGUAGAAGCCACAAUCAAUCAAACGACAGACAGGCAGCAAAGUAUUCGCAAUGACGUAGCUCUGCAGCAAAUGUUUGGUCCAGGACAACUUCCACCAAUGCGCUAUGCUCAAAGUCUACCUUCACUACAACAUACAAUGGACAGUAGGGACCUAGUCAACAGCGAAAUAAAGAUCGAACAGCAACCUAAAUCUCAAAAACAACAGGAAGGUUCAAAAGUGGUUUUUGAGUUGAAGGUGCAGGAGCAGGAUAGAUAUUCCUAUCAAUGGCUGAAAGAUGGAGCCGAACUGGAGGGAAAGUGCGAUGCCACCCUUAUCCUUGAUAAUGUUGAGCUCCGUGAAUUUGGCUGGUACAGUUGUCUAGUUUGCUCUCAAGAAAAUUUUGGAAUAAACUGCGAAUCAUCACGGGCAUGGCUGGACGUUGUCCCUAGUCAGAAUGGAACAAAACUAAAAACGUUUUCAGAGGUAGACCUAUCAACUUGUGAUAGGAUAGCUUCCUAUCUGGAAAAAAAAGUCUCAUAUGGUCUUGGAGGUGACAGACAGGCGGCCGCUGUGUUUGGCAUGACAGGGGACAUGAUUGGAGCACUUGGAGCAUCCAAGUCCGCUGGACAAGAGGUCAUUGAAUUUGUGAAGGUGACUAAACCAGACAUAACAGUUUACACAGUUUGUAAACAGUUAAAGGACGACAAAAUGAGGCGUUUUGAUAUCGCAAAGAUCUUGGAGAACCAUCUUACAAUUACUGAAAGUGAAGUCUAGUUUAAAAGCUAAAUCUAAAAAAUAUCUUAAUUCUAAAAACAGUAAAGUCCUCCUCCAAUAUGUUCUUAAUUUUUCAGUAGUUUCUUUGAGUGCACACUUAAAAUUUUCCGAUCAGUAGGACCUAUUUUGUAGUGUAUCAAGGAGCCUUUAGAAAAUGCGCUUCAAGGACAAUAUAAAAAAAUGCCUGUAAUCACUCCAAAGGCCAAUCUGAAUAUUUUCAAGGAGCUAAUGAAAACUCAGGGGAAAUGUCUGUCUCAUGAACCGUCUUUAAGCUUGGGAAAACGCGCCCAGACCAACUCAAGUCUUGGUUGAUUUAAGGGUUUUGAAUUUAAUUGUCUAACGCCAGGCAUUAGUUAUAACCAAAUACACAGUAAAGGAGAGCAAAACCAAAACUAUCCACCAUAGAGGCGCUUUUGACGCUCAGUUCAAAACCCACCCCGGCUAGCAAGCGAGUACAUGUAUAAGUAAGUUAAUGAAUAAGUGAGUAAGUGAUGAGUAAGUAAGCAAGCGGAUAACUUUGAAUUGUAGCAUGUUGUGAAGCACCGAUAGCGAAUGUAAGGAAGUCUACCAUAGGGUUAUUGUCGGCGGUUAGAGUCGAUCAGAGUUAGACGAUAACACUAAAGAUCAGUCAGACAUUUAGUCAUUAAGGGUGGCCAAAGAGAAGAUAUAAAAUUUGACCUUUAAAGAUUUUCUAACAUGUUGUUGAGUUGGA